AAGCUGCCCGUCCCGAGAAGUUUAGGGGGUUGCCGACGACGACGACGAACGAACGAAACGAAACGAUACGUCCCCAUCGACCGAUCGGCCGCAAAGCUCGCAACGAUGAACUCGGUCCCGGUAUUUCGCUUCUCAAAACUGUCCUUUGGCGUCGCCCGGACGAGCAUACGGCAUGGCCACACGCGGUCGCGACGCAGGACGCCCCAGCAUGAGCUCACCAACUUUGAGCCGGGUCACGGCGAGCAGAUUUGGGUCUGGAGCCACCUGACCUCGAACCAGGUCAUCUACUCGCACACGAAGCAGCUCGAGUCCCACCGAGCCCUCAAACAACUCCCCUUCAACGGCAAAAAGUCCAAACCCGCAAAACUCCGCCGCGACUACUGGGCCCCCAUGGCCCUCAUCCAGCUCCCCGCCGGCGCCGGCGCAGCAGGCCAGUCCGUCUUCCAAAAGCUCCGCGAGUUCCGCCGCAUGCACGAGCUCGCCUGGGAGGACGACCUCCUCUACAGGGAGAAGCGCACCGAGCUGCUCAAGCCAAAGGCCAUCAAGCCGUGGGGCGUCAAGAAGUACAAGGCCGCCGCCGCCGCUGGUGCCGUAGACGACAUCAAAUACUCCGUCGCCGGCGAGACAGAAGACGCCGACGCUCCCGCCGCCGAGGAUACGAAGCCCGCCGCCGAGGACCUCGUCCGCGUCCGCAAAAUCGUCCGCAACCGCCACGAGCGCUCCCUAGCCCUCAACGACCAGCGCGCAAACUCCAUCGCCGACAUGGCCGCCGUCCUCGCCGGCUUCGGCCGCGGCAACCGCCUCGUCGUCAGCAGCCGCGAGAAGAAGGCCGUGCUCGAGGAGGGCAAGGCGCUGGAGGGCCGCAAGUGGUCCAAGGCGCCGCCGGCCAAGACGGAGAUUGUCAGCCAGUCUGGCGGAGAGCAGGUAGAGGGCGCCACCAAGGCGCCAGCCGUCGACGAGCUGCUGCCCGCGACGAUAUACUGGGCCAACGAGGACGACCGCAACUUUGCGCAGGAGUGGUCCGGCAACGUCACGCACGACCUGUUCCAGGACGCCAAGGCGCUCUUGGAGGAGAACCAGUUCGACCCCGAGGAGGAGGUUGUCGCCGAGGUGGAGGCGCCCAAGGCGGCCGCGGAGCCCGUGCAGGAAGCUGGGGACGAUACUAACUACAGCAUCAAGGAGCCUGUGGCGGAGGAGAGCAAGGAGGAGGGCAAGGACGAGAAAGACAGCAAGGCUGACGCCAAGGCUGAUACCAAGGCAUAGAUAUGAAUGUCCAUGUAUGGGGCGAGAGCUAGGGGAACGAGAGCAAGCAGCACUGUUGUAAGAUUUUUGGCCGAGACUAUUUUUGUCACAAUACGGGGAAAAUGUGUACAUCAAGAAAAAUGGACGUGG